UAACAGAUGCCGUCACCAUGUGAAAGCGGUAAAACGACAAAUUGCUCCGGAGCACCUUCCUCGUCUUGUGCGAAAUCAGUAGAAUGCUGCAAGAAGCAACUAUCCGUUGGAGUACUACAACAAGUAUCAGCGAGUUCAUCUGGUGCAAUUGUUACAUCACUUUUUAUGACUCCCUUAGACGUCGUGAAAAUUCGACUCCAACAACAAACUCGACCAUUUCCAAAAGGAGAAUGUUUUUACUAUCACAAUGGUCUUAUGGAGCACGUUUGUGUAUCGUGUGAAGUCAGAAAACCUUGUGAAUGGUAUCAACGACCCGGUAAUUUUCGUGGAACUGCAGAUGCAAUUGUGAAAAUUGCACGACAUGAAGGAAUACGGUCAUUAUGGAGUGGAUUGUCCCCUACUAUGGUUAUGGCUCUACCGGCGACUGUUUUCUAUUUUACAACUUAUGAUAAUCUAUCAGUUUGGUUGAAGAAAAAAAUGUGUUGCCGACGGGCAUUUUCUCCGGAAAAAUGGACGCCUCCUGAUUGGUCAGCUGCAGCAGUGGCUGGAAUUGUAGCAAGAACCAUUGCGGUUACGGUAGUCAGUCCCAUUGAGAUGAUUCGUACGAAAAUGCAAAGCAAGAGGCUUACUUAUCAUGAAAUCGGUCACCUGGUGCGUAGUUCAAUGGCAACCAAAGGAAUCUCCAGUUUCUACCUCGGUUGGACGCCCACAAUGCUCCGUGAUAUUCCAUUUUCUGGAAUCUACUGGGCUGGAUAUGAUUUAUUCAAAACAAAUCUUCAACGACGUCAAGGACCUGAUCACAAUCCGUUUGUAGUGUCAUUCGUGAGCGGAGCAGCUGCAGGAGUUGUCGCCUCGAUAUUCACACAUCCAUUUGAUGUUAUAAAGACGAAUUGUCAGAUUAGAAUUGGUGGAAGUAUUGAUGAUAUGAAUAAAUCAAUUACAACAGUUAUCAAGGAUAUGUAUCAUUCGAGAGGAAUUUCAGCGUUUUCUUCAGGUCUUGUCCCACGCCUCGUCAAAGUUUCACCAUCCUGUGCCAUCAUGAUCAGCUUCUACGAGUAUUUUAAAUUCUUGUUCCAAAAAAAUCAUUAAAUCUUUUAAAAAUCUAGUCACUUUCAUACUUAUAACUUCUUUGUUUUCUUUUCGUUUUUUUUUUUGCUGUCAAUGGUAUCAUCAUUUUUUUUCUCGGUGUAAAAUUAUUUUCCCUUGUAAUUUUAGGACCAUCCCGUGCCGGGUCAAUCAUUCCUUCCCAGUUUUCUUUAAUGUUUUCUGUUCUCCGAAUCUUUGUUACUAGGUAUUGCAUGGUGACCGAAGUUUUUAUAUGUCACUCCACUGAAUAUUCAGUUUUAACAUGAAAGAUUAAACUUU